CUCCACCUCUUACCAGCACAAAUAUUUACAUUUCAAACGACAUUUACUUCAUCUUCACCCUGCUAACAAUAUUCAUCUUUUAGAGAAGCAUCAGAGAAAUGAGACGCUGAUCUGAUGUUUUUCAUUCCGGCGAGGACCAAAGCAAGGAGUCUGGCAUCGUCAUGUCGCUUGUGACAUUGGGAAUCGCAGGAUUAUGAUGUUUUCUUGAAUGUUGUGUCUCGUGGGAGGUUUCGGGAUGGUAUAUGUGACGCCCUUAGGAAGCUGAAGACCCACUUUGAAAACAGCCUUUGUUUAUUGUUUCGAUCAAGAUCAUUUCAACAAACCGAGUAAAAAUCAUAAUAUUAAAGACAUAUAUUCGCGUUAGGGUAGGAUAUCGAUAGAUCAAUUGAAAAUAUACUGAUUUUGGACAUCAACUCAAGCCCGCAGUGAUGCUUCAGUGUCUGGACUGACUUUUAAUAUGCGCACUCAGACGGAAAAGGAAACCUGGACAUUUUAAAUCAUUGAUCACUUGGAACAGAUUCAUAAACAUAGACUAGCAACCAUAUCCCAGCUCAAGCUGACACCCAGAUGUGAAAGUGAUAGCGUUUCCUGGGCUUCCCUGAUCUGAGGGAUUACUUAUUCGUCAUAACAACAGAACAGUCUUCGGAGGGUCCAUCAUGCCCACCUCUCGGUCCGGCGCGUGCUCGGUGGAAUACUGGGUCGAUGGCUCGCGCCGAGAUGCGACAGUGGAGGAUUUCUAUAACAUGGGCCCAGAAUUAGGCAGGGGUGCCACAUCUGUUGUGUUUCGCUGUGAAGAGAAGCAAACUGAGAAACCUUACGCUGUGAAGGUCUUGAAGAAAACCAUUGACAAGAAAAUUGUGAGGACAGAGAUCGGAGUCUUGCUGCGUCUCUCUCAUCCAAAUAUUAUUCGUUUGAAGGAAAUUUUUGAAACGGAGACAGAGAUCUUUCUUAUCCUAGAGUUGGUCACAGGUGGAGAGCUUUUUGACAGGAUUGUGGAGAGGGGCUACUACAGUGAGAGAGAUGCAGCUCACGUUAUCAAACAGAUCCUGGAGGCUGUGGCGUACUUACAUGAGAAUGGAGUUGUUCACAGAGACCUCAAACCAGAAAAUCUCCUUUAUGCUGACUUGUCAAUAGAUGCACCUCUUAAGAUAGCUGACUUUGGUCUUUCUAAAAUAAUCGAUGAGCAAGUGACGAUGAAGACAGUAUGUGGGACCCCCGGCUACUGUGCUCCUGAGAUCCUCAGAGGAAAUGCUUAUGGUCCUGAGGUUGACAUGUGGUCGGUGGGAGUCAUCCUUUAUAUUUUGCUGUGUGGGUUUGAACCAUUUUUCGAUCCAAGGGGGGAUCAGUACAUGUACAGUCGCAUUCUGAACUGUGAUUACGAGUUUGUCUCCCCCUGGUGGGAUGAAGUGUCUCUCAAUGCAAAGGAUCUGGUUAGUAAGCUCAUAGUGCUGGACCCUCAUAAACGUCUCACAGUCAAACAGGCUCUGGAGCACCCAUGGGUGCUUGGAAAAGUAGCACGGUUCUCCCACAUGGACACAACACAAAGAAAACUACAGGAAUUUAAUGCUCGACGCAAAUUAAAGGCUGCUAUGAAAGCUGUGGUCGCCACAAGCCGGAUGCACGAGGGCUCACGGCGGCGGACGGACAGCUGCGAAAUGCCUAAUGCAGACAAGACCUCGCGUCAGAGCAGCAUACAGAAGGACAACACAGUGGAUUCUCAAAGAGAGCCCAUUCCCAUUAAAGAGGGACCUGAGCAGGCUGAAGAUGGUGCCCUGAGUCCCUCAUGUCCCCCCCUCCACCUCACCCAUAAAUCUAAACCUUCUGUCCUAUCUGGGCCCAUGCCCACUCGCCCACCCCUCAUAGCAGAGGGUCACAGACAGACCUCCGUCCUUCCAAAGGCUCCAGUGGUUCGGCCCAGGGUGCCCAAGAAGAGCUGCUCAGUGGAUCCGGGAGGCAAACACGAGCCUUCGCCGGUGAGCACCAGCCCACCCAGUCCCAAGAACCUCAGUAAUGGUUUCUCCAUGAGUGUGGAGGCAGGCGGCAGUACGGCAGAAUGUCAGUAGCCUGGAUGAUCUAUAGAUUAGGAUUCUCACGGAAGACAAAGGAGGAUAAAGACAAUGCUUUAAAAUACACUGAGAAUUUCUUCUUCUCCUCUUCCACUUUUGCCAUGUGAUAUUUUGAUACUGGACUGACUGUUUCUUAAAGCUCUUCGUAUAGAGGCAUGCGGCUUUAAAGGCAACUGUAGGUUAGCGACACAGCAAACAUAGCUGUUUUCUCUUUGCACAAGCAGUGUGGAUAAGAUUGUCUCUCAUCUGAACUGAAAUCCAUGUUGCUCUUUCUUCAUUUGCUAUCAUAUGCAACUGUUCAUACAGUCUUAUUCUCUCUCUAAAUUUAAUGAGGAUCAUGUAUCUUUGAUGUUGUGAUAAUAUAUGUUUGGUUAGGAAUGACUGCUAAAAGACCCUUAAAUUUGUAUUGCAUACACUAUUCAUGAAAUUAAUAUAUAUAGAUAAAUAUAUGUAUAAAGUGUAUCUUUAUGUCUUUUCCCCCCAACUUAAUUCAACCUUUUUGUAUUAGCACAUUUCAAAAAAAUGCUUCAAUGGUUUCUAAAAGCUCAGACUAAUGGAAGGAUAUGACAGAAUGCCGCAGUCAAGGAUUAUGUUUUUCUCGGCUCAUCUUUGGCAGUUUAUCGCCCAUCAAAUCGAAUUGAUGUCAUUCAGGGUUACCACACUGAUGUCAAAUUCAGUCUCUCUUAAACAUCUGGGAAUGUUUUAUUGAAAUCGCACCUAACCUGCCGCUGUACUAUGAGAAAUCUUCUAUAUGAGGUGGAAUUAAAACAACUUCCGCAGUAUGCUUCAGCCACACUGUCUACCUCUUCUACUGUACUGGAAAUUCUGCAGAGAUCUACUCUUGGGAUCGAAGGCAUGGAAGAAAAUUUUUCAAUGUUGAAGGGCUGUUUUUGGUGAACUUAAUGUAGGCUAAAUUGAUCUGCCUCUAUGUAACUGCAUUGCAGAAAGUAUAUAUUAUACAGUUGCUUCUCUCAUUCUACUUUAUUUUGAUCUUUGCUAAACAAGAAUGCUUUGUGCUGACAUUAACUGUAGCCUAAUUAGACAUCACUGGAACACUACGGUUAUGUAUGAAAUGUGUUGGGGAGUAACUAGUUACAUGUAACAGUUACUGAGAAAAAAAAUCAAAUUACAGGUACUUAUGAAAAUGUUAAAACAUCUGAUUAAUUUCUGUAAAAAGCUAGGAAAUGUCAGUUGAAUAACAUUAAUUUAUUGCUUUGCCUGUUUUUGAUGUGCAUUGUGUCUCCAGCCAUUUAAAGGCCGUUUAGUAAAGCAAUGCUAUUCUGCUGCUUUCAACUGGUUCUCUUGUUUGAAUUCACAGUGAAACACAUCUGCCAAUUCCAUCGAUCCACAUUGCAGCUGAAAGCUCCAGGAUACAAACUGUCUGAGAGUUGCCACCAGCGCAAGUGAUAAAAAUGUGUUCCAGUGCUGGAAAUGUAAAAGUCAGUUCAUCCAGAAAUUCGAAAUGGGCAGAAAUAUAACAGUUCAUUGCAAAAUAUGUGAGAAUGCCUCUUGUAUGAUGAAUUUUAACCUUAAUCGCAACCUAGUGGACAAAUCUCUCUAGUUUUGACUUGCAAAAUAGAGCUAUUUAACUAAACAAUGAUUGACCAUUAAAUAUAACUAUUAAAAAAAAAACAAUACAAUGGGUGUUACAGAUUCAUUGGUGGAGUCUGUUUCAGUUGCCAGUGAAUAUGAAACUAGAAUUUAUUCUUGCUUCUGAUAUUGAGAAAUGUGAAAAUGGUGUCCCUUCACACACACAUAGUGGUAAAACGAAUAGUAUGUAGAUGUUUACUAUUUUUAUAUCAAUAAGAAGAAAAACAUGUUUUUUACUACUGUAAAAUUAUCUAGAAUUGUGUUUUUCGCUUGAAUAUAACUAAAUAUGUGUUUUUUUUUUUUAGGUUAAAUGUUUGAAAAAUUAUUAAAAGCUGAAAACAUAGAAAUUUAGAAAAAAGUAAUCAAAUGUAAUCAGUUAAAUUACUUUCAUAAAGUAGAUACUUAUGUUCCUUGGGUAAUUUGUAAUCUAUAACCUAUUACAUUUCCAAAGUAAACUUUCCAACACUGUGUAUGAAUAGUAUUAAUAUUUUGCACUUGAUUCUGUGUUCACCUGCAAGCCGGUGUAUAUUCUGUUGCAGAUUAAUAAAUCAUACUAUCAGAUGCUUUAA